AUGCAGUCAAUGCCAUAUUAUCAACAGCAGCAAGGUUAUCAACAACCUUAUCAACCACAAGCCAGUGUAUUAAAUAAUGGAGCUCCUAUGAUGAAUCAACCUCCUCAUGGUUUACCUCCUAUGCAACAUCCUGGUAUUCCUGAUCAAGUUCCUCCUCCACCCCAACAACAACCACCUCAACAACAAGCUCCUAAAAGAAAGCAAGUCAAAAAUGCAUGCACCAAUUGUCAAAAAGCUUGUAAAAAAUGUGAUGAUGCUAGACCUUGUCCUAGAUGUAUUAAAUAUGGUAUUGCGGAUACUUGUGUUAAUUCAGUGAGAAAGGAACGUAAAAAGGGAAUUAAACGUGGUCCUUAUAAGAGAAGACAAAAGACUGGAGAAGAAAAGCCUCGCAAGACAACUACAACAAAUACAGCUAAUAGUAUAAAUGAUCAUCAUCAUCAUCAACAACAACAGCAACAACAGCAGCAACAUCAUCACCAACAUCAUCAACAACCACAGCCUACUAAUACAGCACCAACAACUCAAUAUGCUCCAUCUAUGCGUGGACCUGCUCUUCCAUUCGGUUAUCCACAAAACUUGAAUCAAUAUGGUCAACAUUAUGAUCCUUACGGUCAAUACACGUAUCAUAAAGAUCAAAUGAUGCCUCAACCUUAUGUUGUAAAUCCUGUUUAUCCUCCUAUGGGCUAUCCUAUCUUAGUCCCUGGUGCGACUGCUCCUCAGCAAAAUGAUCAUGGUCAGCAUCAGCCCUCUCAACAGCCUCAACAACAACAGCCUCAACAACAGCCUCAACAUGCUGCUUAUCAUCAACAUUACAAUACCAUGAUUCAACAACAGUCAAGUCCUCAAUUAGCUCGUCCUCCUAUGAUGCAACAACAUACAGAUCAUGUUAUUCAUCAACCUUCACCUGCUGGCAGUCCUCAAAUUUAUUAUCAACCACAAACAACUAGUAAUCAGUCUCAUAGUCAACCUCCUUCUCAAAGAAAUAGCCCUCAUUUACCUGAUAUCAAGACUGAACCAAAUGCGGCUACUACCAAUACAACUAACACUGCUACCAAUACGCCUACUAAUACGAAUCCACAAAAUGAUCAUUUCGCAAAGCCUCAGUCUAUGACUCCCAUCCCUUCUACAUCUACAUCAACUGCAACCACAUCUUCUCCUGAUUCAGGUUCAUGGGUUCCUCCUCGUGCUUAA